GCCUCUGCCGCGCACCCGCUUCCCGGGGCCAGACUCUAGCUCUUUGCACCCCUUCGUCCUCUCUGGGUCCCCGGGCCGCCCUCCCCCUUCCCUUGGGGACUCUGCUCUCUCCAGCCCUGCCGCCUCGGGUAUGCUCCUCCCACCUGAACACCUGCCCCCGGGCCUACCUGUCCACUCCUGCCUUCGUUGUCGCGAGCCUGUUUCAUUUUGGGGCUUGGUGAUCCGAGGAGCCGGCUUAGGGAUCGUGCUGUCCUGGGUACUACUGGUCAUAGCAACUUGUGGUAGGAUUUCGGGCCCACACAACCAACACCCUUCCCGAUGGCUCUUCUCUGUCAGCUUCCACCACGCGGGACUGUGGCUUGGUAUCCUCGCCCAUGCCCAGCAUAAGAUUUUGGCCCUGAUUGCAUUCAUCUGCAUAGAGACCAUCAUGGAGUGCUCCCCGUGUGAAGGCCUCUACUUUUUUGAGUUUGUGAGCUGUAGUGCAUUUGUGGUGACUGGAGUUUUGCUGAUUCUGUUCAGUCUCAACCUUCACAUGAGGAUCCCCCAGAUCAACUGGAACCUGACAGAUUUGGUCAACACUGGACUCAGCACUUUCUUUUUCUUUAUUGCUUCGAUCGUCCUGGCUGCUUUAAACCACAAAUCUGGAGCAGAAAUUGCUGCCGUGAUAUUUGGCUUCCUGGCAACUGCAGUGUAUGCAGUGAACACAUUCCUGGCAGUGCAGAAAUGGCGAGUCAGCAUCCACCAGCAGAGCGCCAAUGACUACAUCCGAGCCCGCACGGAGUCCAGAGACGUGGACGGUCGCCCAGAGAUCCAGCGUCUGGACACAUGAGGACCUGCCAGAGUCCUUCUCCCUCUCGUCCUCGUGCCCAUCCUUUCAAUCAAGUUUUCUUUCCCUCAUCACGUCGGAUUUUCAUGUGAUUAAGCUGAAUUUUGUCCUCUUUGGUAAAAGUUCAUUUUGGGAAAGGGUUUUCAGAGUGGCCUUGUUGGCAGGUAUGGGAGGCAGGGAGCCCCCAUACCCAGCCGUUCAGACAGAGGUGGGUGGGAGAGGCCUACGGAUUCUCCAGCAUUUGGUGGCCAUGGAAGCAGCUGGCCUCCCAGGCUGCCGUGUCCACUUUAGGUCUUCGUUGUCCUUGAGUACAGGCUUCCCAUCUGACUCAGAGUCACCCUGUGAUAUGUAUUUGUAACAAGUCAAGACUUUGGAUUAAAUGAGGGCUGCUAGAAGAAGGAAAAAAAAAUCAAGAAAUGGAGGUCCAGGUUUGGAACGGUCAGCCCACAGUGACCCCUGGCAGCCCUCAGCGUGUGCUCCAGGUGAGCGCUUGGUCUUGCUGCUGGGAUCCUUCCCUGCUGCUCGUCUUCCAUGUCCAGGGCCUCGAGACAGCCAGCACGGGCCUGGGAAGCCACGUGUGGCACUGAGGGUCUUGGCGAUGCUGGUGGAUCUCUUUGCUGGGUCUGGACUUUGUGGGGAUGGGAAAAGCUGGUGUCCUCUUGGGACGGCUCCACAGGACUGCUGACAUGCAGGAGGGGUCGCCUUUCGUUUUCCACCCUACUGAGAAAUCACUUGAUUCUUCCUCAAACGAAUCACCUCCCUGAAUCCCAGAUUCUCCAGGAAUAUGGAGACCGUCUUGCUUUCCACUUUCCUAUCUACCCUUAAUACUUUGAGGCUGAAUUGCAGAUUUUCUGUAAUUUUACCUUCUCAGGUAAAAGCCAGGAAAGAAAUACAGUCCAUUCCACCAGCCAGAACGCUUGCCAAUUUGCUGUCUUGUGGACCACAGGUAGGGGUACACCUCUGUUUUAGAAAUGCGUGCUAAUUUUCAAAUGCCUGAGAAGAGUUCUAAAGUGAUUCUGAGUAGACUUGUCUAGGAUUUGAAAAUACUUGAAUUUGUACCAUGACACAUCCUUUCACUGAUAUUUCAGAAGGCACGAAUUGAAGCUUUUUGUGCCUCAGGAUCAAAACUAUGAACAUCAAUCUUGGAAGUUGUUGGGGAAAAUUCUAGUUAUGUUAGGUUUUGAUUGAUUCUUGAUAAAGUGAAGAUUAUUGUGGUGAAUGAGUUAAACGAGCCCCUAUGAUGCUGUAAUUUUUUUGUUUUUUUCCUGUUAGAGACAUUGUCUCUUUUAUGGAAAAAUUGUUUUAACUUGUCAGGUUUUCACUCUUUGAACUGUUUUUAAUGUUUACAAACCUCAUUCUAGCUCUAAUAUUUUGCGAUUAGCCCUCACCAAGGAAAAAACACUGCUGGUGGGAAGAUUUUGCAGUAACGUGGACAAUCCCUAGGAUCUUGUGCUAGUGAAUGAUCACAGUUUUAGCAGGGUACUGUGUAGAGAGAGAGAGAACGUGAUUAUGAAUAUAUCUUUGAAGGUGGCAGGAGGAGAGCACGUGUGAGAAAGUAUCCAUCUAUGCAUGGUGGCAUUGCUUUCUUCGUAAAAGAGCAGUGCUGAGAAAUAGGUCAGGUGACACUGCUAGGCUGGGGACUCUAUAGGAAAUGCUACUCUGCUGUCUCUGAAGGCUUGGGGUUCGGGGUUAGCUCCCUGAACUGAACGUCCAGUACACUCAGUUCUGCUGCAGUUCCUUUCUGAGGCAGUGGCCCAGGUCACAUGUCCAAGCCCCUUGUCUGCUUCAGGGCCCAUGGCUGUGGUGCGGACCCAGCUGGUCUGGUGGUAACUCACCUCCCUCUGCUCCCCUAGAGGGCAGCCAAGCCUGGUCACAGCCGGGCACAUCGCCCAGAAGGUCUGAUUGAGCCCUCUUCGCAUGUCUAUUGGGAGGCAGGACAAAUUGUGCUUCACAAACUUUGAACCUAUUACAUGUAGUGAUUUUUGAGGAGAUUCUGACAUCUGGAUUUUAUCUGUUCAUUUUAUAUAUUUAUUUUGCAUUUGUUGAGUGUAUACACAUAGUCAAAAUUAGACUUAUCUCUCUCUGUGAGUUGCAUUUUAAAAAAGAGUCACAAAGACUCAGGCUUGCAUUAAAUGGGGCCCACUUGGAAGGACCACCCUGAACUUUAUCGGAAAUCUGCUGGGAAUCAUGUUACUUGGCCUCAAUAAAAAGCCGCCUUUGAAGUGAGAUUGAAGAAAAGAAAUACCAUUCGGGCAGGAUUGCUGCCCAAGUUUUCCCAAGUCACUUCAAUAAAACCAGUUUAUCAUCUGGUGGAAAAGAGCCUAUUGGCCUCCUGAGGACGUAUCGUCAGCUGCAAGAAAGGGUUCUGAAGCCCGUGGAAACUGUAAAUGCUGGUAGAUGAUAAAAAGUGAUGACACCUUGUGCCACAGAGCAACUUAUGAGUUCAUUUGCAUCUUAGUGUUAGAACUUUUGAAAUUAUUUAUGUCCUUAUAACUAUUUAAUAUCUUUGCCAUGAGGCUCUCCCAUGGCUUUUGUAAAUAUGUGUCUUCCUAUUUAAUUAGCUCCCACUAUAACCGGAAGUGGCCAGGUAGGCUCUCUGAUUGGUAUGAUACAGUCAUAUAUUUCGUCACCUACAGCAGUGUGGUGGUGGGUAAGUUAUGAAGGGUAUAUGAGUAUUUAGGUGAAUGUAAAUUCACCUGCGUUUUUCUUAUGCUGCCUCUGUGUACAAACAAGACAAUAUAGAUUUGGGAAGCUUAAAAGGACUUUUUUUUUGCAAAUUGAAAGAAGCAUAUUUUUGCAUUUUUAACAGUUCCAAUAUGGACCUAUGUCAGUUUGGUUUGUGGUAUUUUCAGGCUGAGUCAAUCUUAGUGUUUCUCAAUUUUCUGGUGGCAUAAUGGCUUUCAUAGUUUGUGCCAAACUUGAAGAGAGCUGAAGUUGCUGUGUGCAUUUGAAUUUGUUCCUGGAGACUGUAUAGUUGAAACCCUCAAGCAUUUGGUGGUUUUAUAUGGAUGCAAACAUUGACGUCUUAGGAGAAAGUUUAUCUUGGCACUGAUUUGGUUGAUGUGGUAAAUUUUUCUUUGAUUCUUCUUUAUCCUCCCUUCACAUUGCUUGAAGGAAUGGGGGCAGGGGAGGGAAUACCUUCUCCCUUUUAUACAGAGAGAUUACAAUCACGAAAGCCUAAAGACACUUGUUGGCCCCAUAUAAAGCCAGGGAAAGACCAAGGCAUUUACAGUUUAAAAUCUCAUAAGUUUGAUUUAAAGUAUUUUAUUUUAGAUUUUUACUUGGUGCAGCCAUAGUCAUCCAAGAGAGAUUACCUUUGCCUUCAAAAAGGCAAGAAUGUAGGCGCCUGCUCAGUCCCAAUACCCAUGUUUUCUUUUCUUUGGCAGCUUAAACUUAAGGGCCAGCAUGAGCAGAGCUCAGCCUGGCCACAAGGAAGCCAGUGAGGACCGGGCCUGGCUCUGGGAGAUGGAUGACACCUCCAGCCCUUUGUCGCCAUUACCUCCCUGGCAGGAAGGCUCAUGCCCAUAGGUAGGCAUGGAGUAUCUGACCUCCACCUUGGGUUGGAUGCUUCUGGCGAGAGCUUUGUGACUCAGUUGAAAACAUUCCUACUCUUUUAAAGUUUGUAUCUUCAAUUACCUUUCUUCGAAGAUUUCCUCAUGAUUCAAACUUGGGUUAAGGUGGUUUCUGAGGAGAGGAAGCACACAUGCUUUGUCUGCACGUGUCUGAAUUCUUACUUGCAAGGAAUGAGCCUUGAUUGACCCCUCCAUGUGUCAUGUCCUAUGUGUGGCCCAGCCUCACCUUUUCUUGUAGACACUCAUAUGCUGUUUGGGAAACCCCUCACCACUCCAUGUGUUUAAGAGGCGGACCAAGUUCUGAUCUCUGGCUGUGCAAGAUUUUCUCUGGGUUGUUUUUAGAUCUUGUCCUAACAGAUGAGUAUAGAGACAACAUGAUUCUGGAAGGCAGGGAUGAUAUAAGUGGUUCCCACCUUGCCAUCCCUGUUCAAAGCAAAGCAACCAUGAGGUCAUCGUAUUGGGCCGCUGUCUGGUUGUCAUUUUUUCCAUAUCUUGUUUAUAGGAAAAUAAUGAUGUUAAAUAGGUAGCAAAAGGUAAAAACACUUCCUAGGGCGCGGCUGCUGCUGCUGCUGCUGUCUUUCAAGCAGAAUAAAAAGUUGCUUCCUGCUCCAGACACUGCCAUUAGCUCGUGAGGUCUCCAGACACUUUUUAGUUCCUAGUGAAGUCUGUAGAACCCAGGAGUUCUCUCUUCCCCAGGUCUUGCAUCUUUAUCAGCACUCACUUGUAGGACCAGGGAGAUGACAGGCUGUUGAGCGGGAACAAGGACAGGUCUGGGAGGUGAGAGGAGGAAGGAGGAGGCCCCAUGCCGCAGACACCAUCUGCUGUGGGACCGUCGAUAACACCAGACUGGUUACUGACCCAGGCAGUCUUGAAAAAAUGUGCUUGGUUAACUACCUUCCUGUCCUUUUAUCUUGGCAAAAGUGAGGUCUUAUGGUCUGGAAUCAGAUUGGGAGCAAGAACUCAUGAAUGUUGGGACCAGUGAGUCUUGGCACUCCAGGGCAGUUCUUGGUGUCGCGUUUGAGAACUUGCGGGUCUGGACAGGUGACUCAGGUUCUGGUUUGAGUGCCACCUGAGAGAGGAUGCAGGCCUAGCGCCACCUGCCUUGAGCUUUGUAAACUUCCCAGCUCUUUACAAAACCCUUGUUUCUUCUUUUCUCGGCAGAUGUUGUUGAAAUCAUAAAAGCUGUCUGGUUGAGAAGGUAAUUUGAAAUAUUUGACCCUUUACAUUUCUUUUAUUUUGAAACUGUCUCAGAAAGAAAAUACCUGUAACAACUGUUAGAACUAGAAUGAUUAUUUUCUGAAAGUGAAAGUAAACGGCAUUUAUAUACUCUUAGGUUUGAAACAGAGGAGUGGGUCCUGGUAUAUUUUCUCGUCUUUGGUCUAGAUUACGUUCUCAUUCAUUUGGUUAAAAUAUGUCAACCUUGGGGAUUUUUUUUCUAGUUUUUCUUAUUCCAUAAACAUAACAGUAAAGAAAAUGUUACCCACAAGCCCACUGUUUGAAUCAAUGAUGACUUGCCUAGAAUUAAGUUAAGAUUAUGGAUCUUUGAUUAGUAUAUCUUUUUCUUCAGGUUAGUUUGUUGUCUACAUUUUUAAUGCCAAGACCUUAAUUCAGGUGACUUGCUAUCUCUACACCCUGGAGUGGUUGGGGAUGCAUUACACAGAAAGGCUGAGAGCCUUCAUUAAGGGGUUAAUAGCCUGGACUUUAGUGAGCUUUCAGAACUUUUAUUCUUCUCAUUAAGGGGAGAAUCUUGUCUCCUAUGAUCUUCAUCAGCUUUGUUGAUGGGAUGAGGGUGAGGUCCAAUCCAAAGUUUCUCUUCAUAAUUGUGCCUCAGAGGAGAGAAGGGAUGACACAGUUGCUUCAGAUAAUGGCUUAUAUGGGAUUCAGUAAUAAUCCGAAAUUGUCAAAUCUGAGUCCUCUUUGGAGGACCCUGCUGGAAGCAUAUCCUUUCAUCAGGAAAGCCACCUGAAGAGAAGGUCAGGAAAUGAGGACGGUGUGGGGAUGUGCCACCCAUGCCAGGCAGGGCUAGGUCCGAUUGCUUCUCUCCAUGGGCGGUUAGGCUUUCCUGCCUUUUCCAGAAUCAGUUUGCAAGUUUCAGUACUCUGUUUCCCUCUCUGCAGAAGUGAGGAAGGCAAAUAUUUGGGGCUUGAAGGGAGAACUGGCUGGUCCAAGGGCUGGGGGAAGGCUGGCUCCUGGAGGAAGGCGAGGGCCGGAUGGCCGGAUAGCCCUCCAGGCUGGCCUAGGCCCACAGAGGGGCCACCUGCUUCCAACUCUUACUCUGUAACCCAUUUAAACAUGUGUUUUCAAAUCCUACCUAAUAUUGAGAUGACAUAUGUGGAUAAAACCAGUGUUUUUCAUAACUUGAUUUUGAUGUGGUUCCCUCUAAGAGAAUGCUAGGGAUUGAAACUAUUUGUAUAUGUUGUAAUUUGUAGGGGUUCAGGAACCCGUGGCAAAACACUUAACUAUUUAUUACAGGUAUGACUAUUUUUUCCGCCCAGAGUAGAUAAUUCUGUUUCUGUAUAUUUUAAGACAGAUAAUAAUCACUUCACCUUUGGUGCCUUCUGUGUGUCAGUCACAUAAAUACUCUUGUCAAUCAUGGAACUGAAAAAAAGUUGUACAUUUAGUUAAACCAGAUAACACUAUUUUUGUAGCAUGAUUUUAGAUUGUGUCCUUUUAAUAUUGCUUUCAGCAAUGCUAGUUUUGAGGUUGGCCAUUUUCCCUUUAAAUUUCAUAUGUUGUUUAAAAAAGAAAACAAAACCACCCCUGGCCGUUCCUAUCUCCUCUCUGCUGCUUUCUCCCCCACAUCUUGUUUCUGCUUAUUUAAACAGUCUGAGAGUAAGAGUAUAUUUCUGUGAAAUAAUUCUUAAUCAGUAUAACUGCAUUUGGCAUUUCUUAACCACUUGUUCAGUUUGGAGAGCCACUGCUCACCUCAGACAGUAAAAGGAAAGUGGUUCCAUAAAAAAGGAACAGAACAGAACAUCCUUGGUGCUCUGACUUCUAUUCUCUGGGUCUAAAACAGUGAAAAGGCCCAUUGUCGUGGGCUGUUGAACCCUAGGGUGUUCUCUGGCUUGCUGUCUUCCAGGAGCUUUGCUGCCUGCGUCCUGGAAGACAGGGGAGAGGGGCGGCUUCCCUAGUCCCAGGCUCACUUUCUGCUUGUUCUCAGGUUCCACUCAGAUCUCAAGAUUGGUUCAUGGAUGCCCUGGGUAGGCUUGGGGGCCUUUUUUUUGUUUCAGGCCUGAACAAAAUAGAUUUCCUGCUGUGAGGAGUUUGAUGAAAUUAAGACACAGAUAACACUCUUAUCUGCUCCUUUUGCUUUCUGACCCCUGUGGGAUACGAGUUCUGUCUAGUCAAGAAAAACCUUGAGGAAACUAGCUGAGCCAUUGCAAAAUGAAGGAAUGGAUUUAUUGAAACAUAAAAUUGUAGCUUUUUUUGUCCUUUUUGAGGGUCAGAAUACGUAAUUAUUUUCUAACAAAGGAAGUCAAGUCAGGUGGCUAUUAACUCUAAUAUGAUUACUGAUUGGUACUUGGUCCAGUGGUACUUUUGGGGGGCAAUGUUAAUUUCAUAACGAUUACACUUUGCUUCGUAAAAUUUUGACAGUUUAGUAGACACAGCUGUGGGGUAUUCUGAGGUCAUACCUAUUUGGUAAACUUUGGUUUAUGGUGUUGGCCAGUCAGAGCUCCUACCCUGGCUUCUCAAACUGACAUGGGUGCCCUGGUGUGGGCAUCACCAGCUCUGACUGGCUUAGGUUUGACGAUCCAUUUGGAGUGAUUUGGCAAACAAAGCCUCACAAUGCCCUCAAUUUUCCCCCUAUUUCUUUUAAAGGACCAAUUUUUCAUGGUACUUGUCUUGAUUGUUUUCAUAGUGUUCAAAUCUGUAUUUUUGUAUGUAGAGGGAAAUAAUUUUCUCAACACUAAUCGCUAAUAUUGUAUUAAAUUGUCAUGAAGGAGUUGUUUAAUAAAUGGAUAUGUAAAAAUGGUA